UGUAGUAUGCAAUGUGAAUGAGCCUGGCCACUCACGAUUCGCUGUUGCUAAACGGCAUCGGGACUUCUAUGAACGUACAGAAGGAAAUUAUGUUGACAGCAAUGAAACACGUUUCCUUGUGAAUAUCUAUCGACUGUAAAGCUUGUUAAGAAGAAUUCACCUUGAAUACGAUAAUGGGAGGUCAGAUAACCAGGAAUACCUUGUACGAUUCUCUGGGUGGGCCAUUCCCGACCACCUCCCAUCGAUGCCAUCACAAGCCCAAGCGCUGCCUGCCUCUGCCUCAGUGUGGCAGCCUGGCCUCCUUCCCCUUGCUUUUCCACCCCAGUGCCAAGGGAUCUCAGAUCAUCAUGGACCUGGCCCAGAGGACAGUGAAGAGGCAGGGCAGCUUCUGCAACGCCAUUACUUUCAGUAACCGGCCCAUCGCCGUGUACGAGCAGGUUAGGCUGAAGAUCACAAAGAAGCAAUGCUGCUGGAGUGGUGCUCUGCGUCUGGGCUUCACCUCCAAAGACCCAUCCAGGAUCAAUCCAGACAAUCUUCCCAAGUACGCCUGCCCUGAUCUGGUCUCCCAGUCAGGCUUCUGGGCGAAGGCCCUGCCUGAGGAGCUCUCCAACGAGGGCAACAUUCUCUCCUUCUGGGUAGACAAGAAGGGCCGGGUGUUCUACCGGAUCAACGACUCCAGCCCCAUGUUGUUCUUCAGCGGGGUCCAUGCCUCUGAGCCCCUCUGGGCCCUCAUCGAUGUCUACGGCCUGACAAGAGGGGUCCAGCUUCUGGACAGUGAGAUGGUUCCUCUGGACUGCCUCCACCCUCGCUCCUUCACCCCCGCCCACCGCACCUCGCUACGCCGGGACCCCGAUGACCACCGCCUCUCCAUCAGCCUGUGCGACCUCAGCCUGCAGCAGCAGCAGGAGCUGCAGGAGGAGGAGGAGGAGGCCGGGUCGGAGGAACGCCUUCACCCCCUCCACUCCUCCACCUCCUCCUGCCACGUCCCCCAGAACUCCCAGAACUCCCAGCAGUGCUCUCUCCUGCCCCCCCUGCUGGACAGCGACCUGCACUUCCACCCGCUCCACGGCGCUCACGCCGCGCUGCCCGACGAGCACACGGCGGUGCGUCUGGAGCCCAGGAGUGGCGAGGGGGAGAGGACGCUGGUGUUCACCAGCCGCCCGCCCCGCCCUGGCGAGAGCGUGUUCGUCAAGGUGACCAAGGCGGGGUCGGCCGUGCGCCAGGGCUCCCUGUCUUACGGCGUGACGUCAUGUGACCCAGGCUGUCUGCGGCCCAGUGACCUGCCCUACAACCCCGAGGCCCUGGUGGACAGGAAGGAGUUCUGGGCCGUGUGCCGGGUCGCAGCACCCCUGCACAGUGGGGACAUCCUGGGCUUCGUGGUGAACAGUGAGGGGGAAGUCCUGCUCAGCCAGAAUGGGGUCAACGCAGGGAUGCAGGUGUGUGUGGACAACUCCAGACCUCUCUGGAUGUUCUUUGGCCUUCAUGGAGUCCUCACACAACUCAGGAUCCUAGGGACGUCCCUACACACGGAUCUCAGAGGGCCCUCUGUCCCCAGCUCUCCGUCCUGCACUCCCAACACCCCCACCCUCAUGUGCAGUGGCAGCUCUGAGCCCAACCUCAACACGCACCUCAACAUCAACCUCAACACCAACCUCAACGCCAGCUACCCUCCCCCCUUCAGCAGCUCUACAGGUACGACUCCCAGCUCUCCCUUUUCCAGCCACCCAGAAUCCCCUACCUUCCCAUCGUGCUCAGGGUCGUGGAGUGACGAGUGCACCAUCUGCUAUGAGAACAUGGUGGACACUGUGCUGUAUGCCUGCGGUCACAUGUGUCUUUGCUACGCCUGUGGCCUCAAGCUCAAGAAGAUGGCCAACGCUUGCUGCCCCAUCUGCAGGAGGACAAUCAAAGACAUCAUAAAGACCUACAGGAGCACGUAAACGGAGGCGGAGCCAAACUCUGCACUCGUGUAGGUUUUGUCAAAGACCUUCAUAGACAUGUCUUACGUCGUGACACGGUUAACUUGCGGGGCCAUCAGAACAUCCCGCAGACACUCCAGGGGGGGUGAGGUUCUCCACAGACAUACAGCACACAUGCUGUACACAUGCUAACAAUGCUAAAGGGAGGAGAGAAAUACAAGCCAUAUGAAUGGCCUUGUUUGCUUAGGAUCUGUUGCUGUCCUGAAAGCAAGGACCAUACCUGUUUUCAGGACAAACAACUCUACAAUUCAAAAUGACAGAAGAUGAGGAACUUGGACUUUCAUGUGUAUGAAUAUAUACUGUAUAUCAGAACUGUUGGUAGUCAGCUUUUGAAAACGUUUGUUGUUUUUACCGCACUAUGGAGGUUAUUCAGGUAUGCCACUAUCAUGAGACUCUAGGAAAAAUAAACCAACUGUUGGGAUUAAAGUAGUCACACCAUGAUUGGACGGAAGCAAGUGUACCCUGAGUGUUGCAUAAGAGAGCACAAAUGGUGCUGGAAUUUAUUUUGACAAUGAGUGUUUGGGUUUUUCCACCAGUGCAAACCCACAGGAAGUUGAUUCCGUAGGGGUCUUGUUUCAUUAUAAACCCACCCACAUGCCUCCUGUCUCUCCCCAGUCUAUGAACAAUAGCGUGGUGCAGAGAGAGAGAGAGAGAGAGAGAGAGAGAGAGAGAGAGAGAGAGAGAGAGAGAGAGAGAGAGAGAGAGAGAGAGAGAGAAGAAGAAGAAGAAGAAGAAGGUGUGGGACAAUUCACUGGAACUCUUGAGGGUAGAGAGAGGUAGAGAGAGAGAGAGAGAGGUAGAGAGAGAGAGAGAGAGAGAGAGAGAGAGAGAGAGAGAGAGAGAGAGAGAGAGAGAGAGAGAGAGAGAGAGAGAGAGAGAGAGAGAGAAGAAGAAGAAGAAGGUGUGAAUGGAGUCACCAUAGAAGGUCACAAAGAAAGUGGAUGUAAAUCAAUGAGGGGGAGAGGGAAAGAGGAUGUUGCAUGCAUACGGAGAGAGAUGAGCCCCAGAUGAGAGGCACCUUGGCUCAGCGUCUGCACAGCCUCCAGCGCACAGAAACCGUUCACUCAGAGCCACGGCAGAGAUACAUCACGACUCUCUGAAGGCUCGACUGUUGUACAUCCAACGUCCUGACACUCUCCCUAACAAAUGUGGCCGGCUACCAGUCUGUUUUAUGGUUGCGAUGAGGACAAAAAUGUCUAGGGUAAAAUGCAUCCAUAUUUAUGUGGAAUAUCAUUUCUUAAAUGCCUUAUUGUAUAUUGAACCAUUGUCAUUAUGAGAUGAACCAGCCUAGAAUCUUCUAUUAUCCCACAGGUCUGUUUGGUAUUUCUCAGAGCAAUGAAGUUUAAAUGUUUGCUACCCUAAGGUUUUCUUAGCCAGUUAUUUGAUUAGCAAGGACAUGUGCUUCUGUGUUUUUGUAAAGACGUGUUCAGUAUUAGUUUUGUAAAGGAAAGGCGAGACAGAGAACACCCACCCAAACAUAUUGUCAGAUGUGCUCAUACAGUGUUUGCACAACGACAAACUAAUUUGUGUAUUCAAAUGUGUUAGCCAUGGCACAAGGUUAUCUGUAUCUAGCUGGUUAUGGUUGCAUUGUUGUUUGUGAGCUUUAGACUUUUCAAUUAAAAUUCCUAAAUGCAGCUUUUUGUCUCGUAAGCACAUUUUCACAACUUUGCGUAAUGGAAAACAAGGUCAUAUAUAUGUUAGAGGUUACUGCAGGUAAAACAAGCCAUUGUUCAGGUUUGAGAAACACAGUGAUAUUCUGAAUGGUGGUGAAUCUGAUGUGGCACAUUUGUCCAUGGUGUUCAAACUCAUCUCAUCCUUCUCCCUCUCUUAUUUGGAUUAGAGUAUAAUGUAGGAGUAGUGUUUGUUGUGCCUUGAAACAAGCUCAGAUACCCCACUGUGGGGUUAAUGUCCAGUAUGAUUGAUGUUCAGGGUCAGACCUCUCCUUCUUCACCCUCCCACUAGUACAAUGUCAGAGGCUGCUUUGUAAAGUGAAUUUUGUUUGGUCAUACACUUCAAUUUAAAGCCAACAAUUUAAUGUGCAUAAUAUAACUGUAUGAAGUUAUUCAGUGCUGUUGUUAUAAACUGUCCAACUAACCCUUGCCCCCUACAGUAUGUAACUGCAUUACAUAAUACUGGAAUUUUACUGCGCUUUGGACGUGUUCUGCUUUUUCUUUUCUACUGGUGAGGUUUUAUUUGUCAGACCAAAUUAGACAUACUUUGACUUGAGAAUAUACUAAAGAUAAUAUGGUUAAAAUACUGAUGCUACUCUACAGUGUAAUAUGAAAUAUAUUUAUUUUGUCAAGUCUAUUCUAUUGUAAUGAAUUAUCACAGUUUUGUUUUCAGUAUUUCAAUGUAUGUCUGAUGAUAUUUGUAAAUGUUUUGUACGUUGUAUUGUCACUGAGGUGGCAACAAUUUGUACGGCACUGCAUUUGUUUUUAUUUGACUUCUUAUUAGAAAUUAUUAUUACAGUGUUUCAUCAGAUAAAAAGUUGAAUCUGAACACUUUUUGAUUUUGUUUCUUCUGCAGUUGAUUCAGUUUUACAGCCUAUUAUUGUAAUGUGCUGAAUGCUGAUCAGUAAAUUAAUAUGAAGAGUGGCAUUAUGGAAAAUGUUUCACCACAGUUUUAAUAGUCAAAUUGGGACAAAAUAUUGAGAGUCCAGUCAAAUCUAAGCCUGCAAAAAAGCUACUAGAAAACUUGUAAGGACCAUUAGCUAUGUGAUUGCUUACAGUACACAAAACACCACUCAGUGGUUGAUUACUAUGAAUUUCUGAAUUGCAAUUAUGUUCACUGUGUGAGUCAGAUGGAUGUGACUUUCAAUAAAGUUUUAUGAUGUG